AUGGACUAUAACAAACCUCUUGACCUUCUCCACAUGGCGGAAGAGGCAAAUUGGGUCGACAAGGUCAAUAUGGCUCGUGUGGACGGCCGUCUCUGCAGCUGGGCUACGCAGUACCAUCCCCUGAGACUCCCAUGCCGGCUGGUCGGUGGCUUCCAUAACGGGUCAUACAAUCUUGGACAAAAAUUCGCUUUCGAUGACGGGGCAAUUUGGUUCCUCCGCUUGCCCCGUGCAAGCAGUAUUUCUCCGGAAUAUGCGGACGAGAAAGUGGCCAUGGAAGUGGAGGCCCUUCAUCUUGUCCGGGAGAAGACGUCAAUACCCGUCCCGGAAGUCUACGCUUGGGGCCUUGCUAGCGAAAAUCAACUUGAACUGGGCCCUUAUAUCUUGAUGGAAUUCAUAGACGGUGUCUGUCUUAACGACGUUUUUGGCGGAACUCAUUCAAGACUGCUUAAGGAGGAAACUUCCGAUGCUGAUAUCGAAUACGUUUACAAACAAAUAGCGCAAUUUAUGUUGCAGCUGUUCAAGAUCGGUUUUGACCAGAUUGGCAGCUUGCCAACCCCAAGGACGAAAUAUGCUGUGCCAAGUCGUCCACUUACGUGGAAAGCACACGAAAUUUUGCGGGUAGGAGGUGUUCAUACAUUCGAUGGCCAAGAAGAAGGCUUCUCCACUGCUAAAGAGUUUUUCCAGUUUGUCAACAAGCAGGAUUGGAAACAGCUGCGAUACCAAUUAAAUUCAAUUGCCGGCCCUAGGACUGCCAGAUCAAGAUACGCAUCGUUAAAAAUAUUGGAGUCUCUAAUACCCGAUAUGACAAAUGCGUUAUACGAUCGAGGCCCCUUUAAACUCAUUUGUGAUGAUUUCGGGCCGGCAAAUAUGAUCGUCCGUAGUAAGGAGGACCUUACAAUUAUCGGGGUGGUCGACCUUGAGUGGGUUUAUGCUGGGCCAGCUCAAUUGUUCGGCUCCGCUCCUUGGUGGCUUCUUUUAGAUCGCCCACUCAAUGACGAGUGGGAUUUUGAAGGAGAUGAGGCACCAAAAGCUACGGAUCGCUACUUCGAAUGCCUAGAAAUAUUCAAGCGUGUGUUGGAGGAGGAAGAGUCCAAGAUGGGAGACGAAAAGAAGGAACUCUCUGAGCUAGUGAAGUGGUCCGAGGAUUCUGGUGCCAUGUGGCUCCACAUGCUUCUUUCAAGCGGCUUUUUUGAUUCUUCAAGCUUUCCAUGCAUGCAAUUACGGAGGCACAAAGGUGCCGAUUGGUGGGACGAGCGCCUCAUUGAGUACGGGAGUACAGAAGAAGUGGAAACAUUCGUGACCAACAAGCUACACGACCUGGCAGCAUAUGACGUGAUCAAGGACAAAGUUGAGCAUCAAAAAGCACUUUUGGAGAACAAGGAGAUGGAAUUAGAAACGUUUAUCCGCACUGUGUCUACACUCCUCGACUCAAAUUGA